ACUCCAGCCCCAUUACAUGAUCCUGAAUAAAUAUUUGCUGAUUAAGAGGAGACUGUGACUGAGCAGUAUCGACAUUUUCAGAUUUACCAAGAAGGGUGGACAGUCAUUUGGUUCAUAGGAAAGAUUACCGUUCAUUUCUGAUCUGUUGUGUUUGAUAAGUGGCAGAACUAUGGAGUAUCCUCUGGUGUGGGUUCUCAUCCUGGUGCUGCUCAACUUCACUACAGGUGUCUCUGGCCAGGUGGUGGUUCCCUCGAUGAACCCCUUAGCUGUGGGCAGUAAUGUCACCCUGAACCUAGUUCCUCAAAGCCCCAUCAACAUAGGGACCUGGUCAUAUGAAACUACAAUCAUUGUACUUUUCUAUCCUGGUGGCAGUAUUGUGAGUACAAGUUAUCAAGGCAGAGUCUCAUUCAACCGCUCCUCCUCAGAGCUGUCCAUAAACUCUCUCCAACUCAACGACUCAGGUAUAUAUACCGUGCAGGGAAUGGAGCCAGUCCUGAAAGCUGUGGUGACUUUGUCUGUCCAGGAGCCCAUUUCAAACGUGACUCUAAGGGCCAACGCCACUGAUCUAGUGGAAUUGAACGACACUUCCAUUUUCACCUGCUCUGUCUCCUCUGGCACCUCCCUCUCCUACCGCUGGCUGAAUGGCAGCUCAGAGGUCACAGCUAGUGACAGAGUUUGGCUUGGUGGUGGGAACAGCACUCUCACCAUAGUCAGUGUGACACGAUACGAUGAAGGGCCGUUCAGAUGUGAGGUCAUCAAUGGAAUCAGCAAUGGCACCAGCCAGCCCAUUGGCCUCAAUGUUAGAUAUGGCCCAAGUAACCUCACCAUGUUGGUAGUUCCUGAGAUGACCAUAGGACAUACAGCCUACAAGACAGGCUCUGACAUCAUUCUGUCCUGCUCCGCUCAGUCCAAACCCACUGAGUCCUUCAAGUGGAGGUUUAAUGGGGCGUUCCUCAAUGAGCAAAGCCCGAAGCUCAGCCUGCAGAACACCAGAGAGAACCAGACAGGAAGUUACGCCUGCUUAGCCCACAACAAUGUCACACUCCGAUACGCCACCAUGACCACAAUGAUAAAGAUUGUGGAGCCGAUAUCAGCGGUUUCGUUGAGCCGUGAUGGGAAGCCACCGAUACUGGAUCAGUCGUUCACUCUGCGGUGUGAGGUGACUGGACCUGUAGACUACAUUCACUGGUUGAUGAACGGCCAGCUCAUCUCCCUAAACAACAGAACAUUCUUCUCUACGGGCAACAAGACAAUGGUUAUCAACCCAAUCCAGUUUUCUGACAGUGGAGAAUAUCUCUGUGAGGCCUUUAAUGCUGUCAGCAACCUGACCAGCAUGACAUACAAGCUUGUGGUGAACUUUGGACCAGAGAGACCUGCUGUAACUAGUCCGGAUAUAGCAAUGACAGGACACAACGUGACCUUCAACUGCUCAGCCUCCUCUCAGCCUCCCAGCCAGUUCAGCUGGUUCUUCAAUGGCUCCCAGGUGGCAACUGGCUCAAAGUAUGAGACUGGCCCACUGACUUUAGCCAGUCAAGGGGACUACACCUGUGUGGCCUUCAACAACAUCACUGUCAGAAACAGCACUGUCUCCAAGAUGCUCAUUGUUGUUGAACCAGUCACCAUGGCCAUGGUGAAAGCCAUGGGAUCCCAGCCAAUACUGAACCAGACAUUCUCUCUGACCUGUGAGACAUCUGGAACAACUUACUCCAUUCAUUGGAUGAGGAAUGGCUGGUCUCUGUAUGCUGACAACAGAAUAGACUUCUCUAUGAACAACAAUACACUGACAUUCAACUCUGUCCAGCAUUCUGACAACGGAGACUAUCAGUGUUUUGCCUCCAACCCACUCAGCAAAAUGACCAGCCCAUACUACAAACUGAUCGUCAACUAUGGUCCAGAGAGACCUGUUAUCAUGAGUCCGGAUAUAGCAAUGACAGGAUACAUUGUGACCUUCAACUGCUCAGCCUCCUCUCAGCCUCUCAGCCAGUUCAGCUGGUUCUUCAAUGGCUCCCAGUUGGCAACUGGCUCAAAGUAUGAGACUUGCCCAUUGACCUUAGAGAGUCAUGGGGAAUACACCUGUGUGGCCUUUAACAACAUCACUGUCAGAAACAGCACUGUCUCCAAGAUGCUCACGGUCAUUGACCCAGUAACCAUGGCCAUGGUGAAAGUCAUGGGUUCCCAGCCAAUAGCAGACUACUUGUUUACUCUGACCUGUGACACCGCUGGAACCAUUUACUCCAUUCAGUGGAUGAGGAACGGCUGGCCGCUGUAUGCUGAUAACAGAACAGACUUCUCUAUGAACAACAAUACACUGACAUUCAACUCCGUCCAGGAUUCUGACAACGGAGACUAUCAGUGUUUUGCCUCCAACCCACUCAGCAAAAUGACCAGCCCAUACUACAAACUGAUCGUCAACUAUGGUCCAGAGAGACCUGUUAUCAUGAGUCCGGAUAUAGCAAUGACAGGACACAUCAUGACCUUCAAGUGCUCUGCCUCUUCUCAGCCUCCAAGCCAGUUCAGCUGGUUCUUCAAUGGCUCCCAGGUGGCGGCUGGCUCAGUGUACGAGACAGGCCCACUGACAUUAGACAAUCAUGGAGAGUACAACUGUGUGGCCUUCAACAACAUCACUGGCAGAAACAGCACUGUCUCCAAGAUGCUCACCAUCAUUGUCCCAGUAACCAUGUCCACGGUUAAAGUCAUUGGUGCCAAGCCAAUUGCAGACUACAUGUUUACUCUGACCUGUGAGACAUCUGGAACCAUUUACUCCAUACAGUGGAUGAGGAACGGCUGGUCUCUGUAUGCAGAAAACAGAACAGACUUCUCUAUGGACAACAAUACACUGAUAUUUAACUCUAUCCAGCAUUCUGACAACGGAGACUAUCAGUGUUCUGCCUCCAACCCCUUCAGCAACAUGACCAGCCCAUACUACAAACUGAUUGUCAACUAUGGACCGGAGCUGCCUAUUAUAACAGGACCAGCAUUAGGAGAAACAGGACACAACGUGACCUUCAACUGCUCAGCCUCCUCUCAGCCUCUCAGCCAGUUCAGCUGGUUCUUCAAUGGCUCCCAGGUGGCGACUGGCUCAGCGUUUGAGACUGGCCCACUGACUUUAGCCAGUCAUGGGAACUACACCUGUGUGGCCUUCAACAACAUCACUGUCAGAAACAGCACUGUCUCCAAGAUGCUCAUUGUCGUUGCAACUGUGACCAUGACCAUCGUGAAAGUCAUUGGAGCCCAGCCAAUACUCAACGAGAGAUUCUCUCUGACCUGUGGCACCACUGGAACGGUUUACUCCAUUCAGUGGACGAGGAACGGCUGGCCUCUGAACUCUAGCAACAGCACAGACUUCUCUAUGAACAACAAUACACUGACAUUCAACUCUCUCCAGCAUUCUGACAACGGAGACUAUCAGUGUUCUGCCUCCAACCCCUUCAGCAACAUGACCAGCCCAUACUACAAACUGAUCGUCAACUAUGGACCGGAGAUGCCUAUUAUAACAGGACCAGCAUUAGGAGAAACAGGACACAACGUGACCUUCAACUGCUCAGCCUCCUCUCAGCCUCUCAGCCAGUUCAGCUGGUUCUUCAAUGGCUCCCAGGUGGCAACUGGCUCAAAGUAUGAGACUGGCCCACUGACUUUAGCCAGUCAUGGGAACUACACCUGUGUGGCCUUCAACAACAUCACUGUCAGAAACAGCACUGUCUCCAAGAUGCUCACUGUUGUUGCAACUGUGACCAUGACCAUCGUGAACGUCAUUGGAGCCCAGCCAAUACUGAACGAGAGAUUCUCUCUGACCUGUGGCACCACUGGAACGGUUUACUCCAUUCAGUGGAUGAGGAACGGCUGGCCUCUGUAUGCUAGCAACAGAACUGACUUCUCUACGAACAACAAUACACUGACAUUCAACUCGGUCCAGCAUUCUGACAAAGGAGACUAUCAGUGUUCUGCCUCCAACCCCUUCAGCAACAUGACCAGCCCAUACUACAAACUGAUCGUCAACUAUGGACCGGAGAUGCCUAUUAUAACAGGACCAGCAUUAGAAGAAACAGGACACAACGUGACCUUCAACUGCUCAGCCUCCUCUCAGCCUCUCAGCCAGUUCAGCUGGUUCUUCAAUGGCUCCCAGGUUGCAACUGGCUCAAAGUAUGAGACUGGCCCACUGACUUUAGCCAGUCAAGGGGACUACACCUGUGUGGCCUUCAACAACAUCACUGUCAGAAACAGCACUGUCUCCAAGAUGCUCACUGUUGUUGCAAAAGUGACCAUGACCAUCGUGAAAGUCAUUGGAGCCCAGCCAAUACUGAACGAGAGAUUCUCUCUGACCUGUGGCACCACUGGAACGGUUUACUCCAUUCAGUGGAUGAGGAACGGCUGGCCUCUGUAUGCUAGCAACAGAACUGACUUCUCUACGAACAACAAUACACUGACAUUCAACUCGGUCCAGCAUUCUGACAAAGGAGACUAUCAGUGUUCUGCCUCCAACCCCUUCAGCAACAUGACCAGCCCAUACUACAAACUGAUCGUCAACUAUGGACCGGAGAUGCCUAUUAUAACAGGACCAGCAUUAGGAGAAACAGGACACAACGUGACCUUCAACUGCUCAGCCUCCUCUCAGCCUCUCAGCCAGUUCAGCUGGUUCUUCAAUGGCUCCCAGGUUGCAACUGGCUCAAAGUAUGAGACUGGCCCACUGACUUUAGCCAGUCAAGGGGACUACACCUGUGUGGCCUUCAACAACAUCACUGUCAGAAACAGCACUGUCUCCAAGAUGCUCACUGUUGUUGCAACUGUGACCAUGACCAUCGUGAAAGUCAUUGGAGCCCAGCCAAUACUGAACGAGAGAUUCUCUCUGACCUGUGGCACCACUGGAACGGUUUACUCCAUUCAGUGGAUGAGGAACGGCUGGCCUCUGUAUGCUAGCAACAGAACUGACUUCUCUACGAACAACAAUACACUGACAUUCAACUCGGUCCAGCAUUCUGACAAAGGAGACUAUCAGUGUUCUGCCUCCAACCCCUUCAGCAACAUGACCAGCCCAUACUACAAACUGAUCGUCAACUAUGGACCGGAGAUGCCUAUUAUAACAGGACCAGCAUUAGGAGAAACAGGACACAACGUGACCUUCAACUGCUCAGCCUCCUCUCAGCCUCUCAGCCAGUUCAGCUGGUUCUUCAAUGGCUCCCAGGUGGCAACUGGCUCAAAGUAUGAGACUGGCCCACUGACUUUAGCCAGUCAAGGGGACUACACCUGUGUGGCCUUCAACAACAUCACUGUCAGAAACAGCACUGUCUCCAAGAUGCUCACUGUUGUUGCAACUGUGACCAUGACCAUCGUGAACGUCAUUGGAGCCCAGCCAAUACUGAACGAGAGAUUCUCUCUGACCUGUGGCACCACUGGAACGGUUUACUCCAUUCAGUGGAUGAGGAACGGCUGGCCUCUGUAUGCUAGCAACAGAACUGACUUCUCUACGAACAACAAUACACUGACAUUCAACUCGGUCCAGCAUUCUGACAAAGGAGACUAUCAGUGUUCUGCCUCCAACCCCUUCAGCAACAUGACCAGCCCAUACUACAAACUGAUCGUCAACUAUGGACCGGAGAUGCCUAUUAUAACAGGACCAGCAUUAGGAGAAACAGGACACAACGUGACCUUCAACUGCUCAGCCUCCUCUCAGCCUCUCAGCCAGUUCAGCUGGUUCUUCAAUGGCUCCCAGGUGGCAACUGGCUCAAAGUAUGAGACUGGCCCACUGACUUUAGCCAGUCAAGGGGACUACACCUGUGUGGCCUUCAACAACAUCACUGUCAGAAACAGCACUGUCUCCAAGAUGCUCACUGUUGUUGCAACUGUGACCAUGACCAUCGUGAAAGUCAUUGGAGCCCAGCCAAUACUGAACGAGAGAUUCUCUCUGACCUGUGGCACCACUGGAACGGUUUACUCCAUUCAGUGGAUGAGGAACGGCUGGCCUCUGUAUGCUAGCAACAGAACUGACUUCUCUACGAACAACAAUACUCUGACAUUCAACUCGGUCCAGCAUUCUGACAAAGGAGACUAUCAGUGUUCUGCCUCCAACCCCUUCAGCAACAUGACCAGCCCAUACUACAAACUGAUCGUCAACUAUGGACCGGAGAUGCCUAUUAUAACAGGACCAGCAUUAGGAGAAACAGGACACAACGUGACCUUCAACUGCUCAGCCUCCUCUCAGCCUCUCAGCCAGAUCAGCUGGUUCUUCAAUGGCUCCCAGGUUGCAACUGGCUCAAAGUAUGAGACUGGCCCACUGACUUUAGCCAGUCAAGGGGACUACACCUGUGUGGCCUUCAACAACAUCACUGUCAGAAACAGCACUGUCUCCAAGAUGCUCACUGUUGUUGCAACUGUGACCAUGACCAUCGUGAAAGUCAUUGGAGCCCAGCCAAUACUGAACGAGAGAUUCUCUCUGACCUGUGGCACCACUGGAACGGUUUACUCCAUUCAGUGGAUGAGGAACGGCUGGCCUCUGUAUGCUAGCAACAGAACUGACUUCUCUACGAACAACAAUACACUGACAUUCAACUCGGUCCAGCAUUCUGACAAAGGAGACUAUCAGUGUUCUGCCUCCAACCCCUUCAGCAACAUGACCAGCCCAUACUACAAACUGAUCGUCAACUAUGGACCGGAGAUGCCUAUUAUAACAGGACCAGCAUUAGGAGAAACAGGACACAACGUGACCUUCAACUGCUCAGCCUCCUCUCAGCCUCUCAGCCAGUUCAGCUGGUUCUUCAAUGGCUCCCAGGUUGCAACUGGCUCAAAGUAUGAGACUGGCCCACUGACUUUAGCCAGUCAUGGGAACUACACCUGUGUGGCCUUCAACAACAUCACUGUCAGAAACAGCACUGUCUCCAAGAUGCUCAUUGUUGUUGCAACUGUGACCAUGACCAUCGUGAAAGUCAUUGGAGCCCAGCCAAUACUGAACGAGAGAUUCUCUCUGACCUGUGGCACCACUGGAACGGUUUACUCCAUUCAGUGGAUGAGGAACGGCUGGCCUCUGUAUGCUAGCAACAGAACUGACUUCUCUACGAACAACAAUACACUGACAUUCAACUCGGUCCAGCAUUCUGACAAAGGAGACUAUCAGUGUUCUGCCUCCAACCCCUUCAGCAACAUGACCAGCCCAUACUACAAACUGAUCGUCAACUAUGGACCGGAGAUGCCUAUUAUAACAGGACCAGCAUUAGGAGAAACAGGACACAACGUGACCUUCAACUGCUCAGCCUCCUCUCAGCCUCUCAGCCAGUUCAGCUGGUUCUUCAAUGGCUCCCAGGUGGCAACUGGCUCAAAGUAUGAGACUGGCCCACUGACUUUAGCCAGUCAAGGGGACUACACCUGUGUGGCCUUCAACAACAUCACUGUCAGAAACAGCACUGUCUCCAAGAUGCUCACUGUUGUUGCAACUGUGACCAUGACCAUCGUGAAAGUCAUUGGAGCCCAGCCAAUACUGAACGAGAGAUUCUCUCUGACCUGUGGCACCACUGGAACGGUUUACUCCAUUCAGUGGAUGAGGAACGGCUGGCCUCUGUAUGCUAGCAACAGAACUGACUUCUAUACGAACAACAAUACACUGACAUUCAACUCAGUCCAGCAUUCUGACAAAGGAGACUAUCAGUGUUCUGCCUCCAACCCCUUCAGCAACAUGACCAGCCCAUACUACAAACUGAUCGUCAACUAUGGACCGGAGAUGCCUAUUAUAACAGGACCAGCAUUAGGAGAAACAGGACACAACGUGACCUUCAACUGCUCAGCCUCCUCUCAGCCUCUCAGCCAGUUCAGCUGGUUCUUCAAUGGCUCCCAGGUGGCAACUGGCUCAAAGUAUGAGACUGGCCCACUGACUUUAGCCAGUCAAGGGGACUACACCUGUGUGGCCUUCAACAACAUCACUGUCAGAAACAGCACUGUCUCCAAGAUGCUCACUGUUGUUGCAACUGUGACCAUGACCAUCGUGAACGUCAUUGGAGCCCAGCCAAUACUGAACGAGAGAUUCUCUCUGACCUGUGGCACCACUGGAACGGUUUACUCCAUUCAGUGGAUGAGGAACGGCUGGCCUCUGUAUGCUAGCAACAGAACUGACUUCUCUACGAACAACAAUACACUGACAUUCAACUCGGUCCAGCAUUCUGACAAAGGAGACUAUCAGUGUUCUGCCUCCAACCCCUUCAGCAACAUGACCAGCCCAUACUACAAACUGAUCGUCAACUAUGGACCGGAGAUGCCUAUUAUAACAGGACCAGCAUUAGGAGAAACAGGACACAACGUGACCUUCAACUGCUCAGCCUCCUCUCAGCCUCUCAGCCAGUUCAGCUGGUUCUUCAAUGGCUCCCAGGUGGCAACUGGCUCAAAGUAUGAGACUGGCCCACUGACUUUAGCCAGUCAUGGUAACUACACCUGUGUGGCCUUCAACAACAUCACUGUCAGAAACAGCACUGUCUCCAAGAUGCUCACUGUUGUUGCAACUGUGACCAUGACCAUCGUGAAAGUCAUUGGAGCCCAGCCAAUACUGAACGAGAGAUUCUCUCUGACCUGUGGCACCACUGGAACGGUUUACUCCAUUCAGUGGAUGAGGAACGGCUGGCCUCUGUAUGCUAGCAACAGAACUGACUUCUCUACGAACAACAAUACACUGACAUUCAACUCGGUCCAGCAUUCUGACAAAGGAGACUAUCAGUGUUCUGCCUCCAACCCCUUCAGCAACAUGACCAGCCCAUACUACAAACUGAUCGUCAACUAUGGACCGGAGAUGCCUAUUAUAACAGGACCAGCAUUAGGAGAAACAGGACACAACGUGACCUUCAACUGCUCAGCCUCCUCUCAGCCUCUCAGCCAGUUCAGCUGGUUCUUCAAUGGCUCCCAGGUGGCAACUGGCUCAAAGUAUGAGACUGGCCCACUGACUUUAGCCAGUCAAGGGGACUACACCUGUGUGGCCUUCAACAACAUCACUGUCAGAAACAGCACUGUCUCCAAGAUGCUCACUGUUGUUGCAACUGUGACCAUGACCAUCGUGAAAGUCAUUGGAGCCCAGCCAAUACUGAACGAGAGAUUCUCUCUGACCUGUGGCACCACUGGAACGGUUUACUCCAUUCAGUGGAUGAGGAACGGCUGGCCUCUGUAUGCUAGCAACAGAACUGACUUCUCUACGAACAACAAUACACUGACAUUCAACUCGGUCCAGCAUUCUGACAAAGGAGACUAUCAGUGUUCUGCCUCCAACCCCUUCAGCAACAUGACCAGCCCAUACUACAAACUGAUCGUCAACUAUGGACCGGAGAUGCCUAUUAUAACAGGACCAGCAUUAGGAGAAACAGGACACAACGUGACCUUCAACUGCUCAGCCUCCUCUCAGCCUCUCAGCCAGUUCAGCUGGUUCUUCAAUGGCUCCCAGGUGGCAACUGGCUCAAAGUAUGAGACUGGCCCACUGACUUUAGCCAGUCAAGGGGACUACACCUGUGUGGCCUUCAACAACAUCACUGUCAGAAACAGCACUGUCUCCAAGAUGCUCACUGUUGUUGCAACUGUGACCAUGACCAUCGUGAAAGUCAUUGGAGCCCAGCCAAUACUGAACGAGAGAUUCUCUCUGACCUGUGGCACCACUGGAACGGUUUACUCCAUUCAGUGGAUGAGGAACGGCUGGCCUCUGUAUGCUAGCAACAGAACUGACUUCUCUACGAACAACAAUACACUGACAUUCAACUCAGUCCAGCAUUCUGACAAAGGAGACUAUCAGUGUUCUGCCUCCAACCCCUUCAGCAACAUGACCAGCCCAUACUACAAACUGAUCGUCAACUAUGGACCGGAGAUGCCUAUUAUAACAGGACCAGCAUUAGGAGAAACAGGACACAACGUGACCUUCAACUGCUCAGCCUCCUCUCAGCCUCUCAGCCAGUUCAGCUGGUUCUUCAAUGGCUCCCAGGUGGCAACUGGCUCAAAGUAUGAGACUGGCCCACUGACUUUAGCCAGUCAAGGGGACUACACCUGUGUGGCCUUCAACAACAUCACUGUCAGAAACAGCACUGUCUCCAAGAUGCUCACUGUUGUUGCAACUGUGACCAUGACCAUCGUGAACGUCAUUGGAGCCAUGCCAAUACUGAACGAGAGAUUCUCUCUGACCUGUGGCACCACUGGAACGGUUUACUCCAUUCAGUGGAUGAGGAACGGCUGGCCUCUGUAUGCUAGCAACAGAACUGACUUCUCUACGAACAACAAUACUCUGACAUUCAACUCGGUCCAGCAUUCUGACAAAGGAGACUAUCAGUGUUCUGCCUCCAACCCCUUCAGCAACAUGACCAGCCCAUACUACAAACUGAUCGUCAACUAUGGACCGGAGAUGCCUAUUAUAACAGGACCAGCAUUAGGAGAAACAGGACACAACGUGACCUUCAACUGCUCAGGCUCCUCUCAGCCUCUCAGCCAGUUCAGCUGGUUCUUCAAUGGCUCCCAGGUUGCAACUGGCUCAAAGUAUGAGACUGGCCCACUGACUUUAGCCAGUCAAGGGGACUACACCUGUGUGGCCUUCAACAACAUCACUGUCAGAAACAGCACUGUCUCCAAGAUGCUCACUGUUGUUGCAACUGUGACCAUGACCAUCGUGAAAGUCAUUGGAGCCCAGCCAAUACUGAACGAGAGAUUCUCUCUGACCUGUGGCACCACUGGAACGGUUUACUCCAUUCAGUGGAUGAGGAACGGCUGGCCUCUGUAUGCUAGCAACAGAACUGACUUCUCUACGAACAACAAUACACUGACAUUCAACUCGGUCCAGCAUUCUGACAAAGGAGACUAUCAGUGUUCUGCCUCCAACCCCUUCAGCAACAUGACCAGCCCAUACUACAAACUGAUCGUCAACUAUGGACCGGAGAUGCCUAUUAUAACAGGACCAGCAUUAGGAGAAACAGGACACAACGUGACCUUCAACUGCUCAGCCUCCUCUCAGCCUCUCAGCCAGUUCAGCUGGUUCUUCAAUGGCUCCCAGGUGGCAACUGGCUCAAAGUAUGAGACUGGCCCACUGACUUUAGCCAGUCAAGGGGACUACACCUGUGUGGCCUUCAACAACAUCACUGUCAGAAACAGCACUGUCUCCAAGAUGCUCACUGUUGUUGCAACUGUGACCAUGACCAUCGUGAAAGUCAUUGGAGCCCAGCCAAUACUGAACGAGAGAUUCUCUCUGACCUGUGGCACCACUGGAACGGUUUACUCCAUUCAGUGGAUGAGGAACGGCUGGCCUCUGUAUGCUAGCAACAGAACUGACUUCUCUACGAACAACAAUACACUGACAUUCAACUCGGUCCAGCAUUCUGACAAAGGAGACUAUCAGUGUUCUGCCUCCAACCCCUUCAGCAACAUGACCAGCCCAUACUACAAACUGAUCGUCAACUAUGGACCGGAGAUGCCUAUUAUAACAGGACCAGCAUUAGGAGAAACAGGACACAACGUGACCUUCAACUGCUCAGCCUCCUCUCAGCCUCUCAGCCAGUUCAGCUGGUUCUUCAAUGGCUCCCAGGUGGCAACUGGCUCAAAGUAUGAGAAUGGCCCACUGACUUUAGCCAGUCAAGGGGACUACACCUGUGUGGCCUUCAACAACAUCACUGUCAGAAACAGCACAGUCUCCAAGAUGCUCACUGUUGUUGCAACUGUGACCAUGACCAUCGUGAAAGUCAUUGGAGCCCAGCCAAUACUGAACGAGAGAUUCUCUCUGACCUGUGGCACCACUGGAACGGUUUACUCCAUUCAGUGGAUGAGGAACGGCUGGCCUCUGUAUGCUAGCAACAGAACUGGCUUCUCUACGAACAACAAUACACUGACAUUCAACUCGGUCCAGCAUUCUGACAAAGGAGACUAUCAGUGUUCUGCCUCCAACCCCUUCAGCAACAUGACCAGCCCAUACUACAAACUGAUUGUCAACUAUGGACCGGAGAUGCCUAUUAUAACAGGACCAGCAUUAGGAGAAACAGGACACAACGUGACCUUCAACUGCUCAGCCUCCUCUCAGCCUCUCAGCCAGUUCAGCUGGUUCUUCAAUGGCUCCCAGGUUGCGACUGGCUCAAAGUAUGAGACUGGCCCACUGACUUUAGCCAGUCAAGGGGACUACACCUGUGUGGCCUUCAACAACAUCACUGUCAGAAACAGCACUGUCUCCAAGAUGCUCACUGUUGUUGCAACUGUGACCAUGACCAUCGUGAAAGUCAUUGGAGCCCAGCCAAUACUGAACGAGAGAUUCUCUCUGACCUGUGGCACCACUGGAACGGUUUACUCCAUUCAGUGGAUGAGGAACGGCUGGCCUCUGUAUGCUAGCAACAGAACUGACUUCUCUACGAACAACAAUACACUGACAUUCAACUCGGUCCAGCAUUCUGACAAAGGAGACUAUCAGUGUUCUGCCUCCAACCCCUUCAGCAACAUGACCAGCCCAUACUACAAACUGAUCGUCAACUAUGGACCGGAGAUGCCUAUUAUAACAGGACCAGCAUUAGGAGAAACAGGACACAACGUGACCUUCAACUGCUCAGCCUCCUCUCAGCCUCUCAGCCAGUUCAGCUGGUUCUUCAAUGGCUCCCAGGUUGCAACUGGCUCAAAGUAUGAGACUGGCCCACUGACUUUAGCCAGUCAAGGGGACUACACCUGUGUGGCCUUCAACAACAUCACUGUCAGAAACAGCACUGUCUCCAAGAUGCUCACUGUUGUUGCAACUGUGACCAUGACCAUCGUGAAAGUCAUUGGAGCCCAGCCAAUACUGAACGAGAGAUUCUCUCUGACCUGUGGCACCACUGGAACGGUUUACUCCAUUCAGUGGAUGAGGAACGGCUGGCCUCUGUAUGCUAGCAACAGAACUGACUUCUCUACGAACAACAAUACACUGACAUUCAACUCGGUCCAGCAUUCUGACAAAGGAGACUAUCAGUGUUCUGCCUCCAACCCCUUCAGCAACAUGACCAGCCCAUACUACAAACUGAUCGUCAACUAUGGACCGGAGAUGCCUAUUAUAACAGGACCAGCAUUAGGAGAAACAGGACACAACGUGACCUUCAACUGCUCAGCCUCCUCUCAGCCUCUCAGCCAGUUCAGCUGGUUCUUCAAUGGCUCCCAGGUGGCAACUGGCUCAAAGUAUGAGACUGGCCCACUGACUUUAGCCAGUCAAGGGGACUACACCUGUGUGGCCUUCAACAACAUCACUGUCAGAAACAGCACUGUCUCCAAGAUGCUCACUGUUGUUGCAACUGUGACCAUGACCAUCGUGAAAGUCAUUGGAGCCCAGCCAAUACUGAACGAGAGAUUCUCUCUGACCUGUGGCACCACUGGAACGGUUUACUCCAUUCAGUGGAUGAGGAACGGCUGGCCUCUGUAUGCUAGCAACAGAACUGACUUCUCUACGAACAACAAUACACUGACAUUCAACUCGGUCCAGCAUUCUGACAAAGGAGACUAUCAGUGUUCUGCCUCCAACCCCUUCAGCAACAUGACCAGCCCAUACUACAAACUGAUCGUCAACUAUGGACCGGAGAUGCCUAUUAUAACAGGACCAGCAUUAGGAGAAACAGGACACAACGUGACCUUCAACUGCUCAGCCUCCUCUCAGCCUCUCAGCCAGUUCAGCUGGUUCUUCAAUGGCUCCCAGGUGGCAACUGGCUCAAAGUAUGAGACUGGCCCACUGACUUUAGCCAGUCAAGGGGACUACACCUGUGUGGCCUUCAACAACAUCACUGUCAGAAACAGCACUGUCUCCAAGAUGCUCACUGUUGUUGCAACUGUGACCAUGACCAUCGUGAAAGUCAUUGGAGCCCAGCCAAUACUGAACGAGAGAUUCUCUCUGACCUGUGGCACCACUGGAACGGUUUACUCCAUUCAGUGGAUGAGGAACGGCUGGCCUCUGUAUGCUAGCAACAGAACUGACUUCUCUACGAACAACAAUACACUGACAUUCAACUCGGUCCAGCAUUCUGACAAAGGAGACUAUCAGUGUUCUGCCUCCAACCCCUUCAGCAACAUGACCAGCCCAUACUACAAACUGAUCGUCAACUAUGGACCGGAGAUGCCUAUUAUAACAGGACCAGCAUUAGGAGAAACAGGACACAACGUGACCUUCAACUGCUCAGCCUCCUCUCAGCCUCUCAGCCAGUUCAGCUGGUUCUUCAAUGGCUCCCAGGUGGCAACUGGCUCAAAGUAUGAGACUGGCCCACUGACUUUAGCCAGUCAAGGGGACUACACCUGUGUGGCCUUCAACAACAUCACUGUCAGAAACAGCACUGUCUCCAAGAUGCUCACUGUUGUUGCAACUGUGACCAUGACCAUCGUGAAAGUCAUUGGAGCCCAGCCAAUACUGAACGAGAGAUUCUCUCUGACCUGUGGCACCACUGGAACGGUUUACUCCAUUCAGUGGAUGAGGAACGGCUGGCCUCUGUAUGCUAGCAACAGAACUGACUUCUCUACGAACAACAAUACACUGACAUUCAACUCGGUCCAGCAUUCUGACAAAGGAGACUAUCAGUGUUCUGCCUCCAACCCCUUCAGCAACAUGACCAGCCCAUACUACAAACUGAUCAUCAACUAUGGACCGGAGAUGCCUAUUAUAACAGGACCAGCAUUAGGAGAAACAGGACACAACGUGACCUUCAACUGCUCAGCCUCCUCUCAGCCUCUCAGCCAGUUCAGCUGGUUCUUCAAUGGCUCCAAGGUGGCAACUGGCUCAAAGUAUGAGACUGGCCCACUGACUUUAGCCAGUCAAGGGGACUACACCUGUGUGGCCUUCAACAACAUCACUGUCAGAAAUAGCACUGUCUCCAAGAUGCUCACUGUUGUUGCAACUGUGACCAUGACCAUCGUGAAAGUCAUUGGAGCCCAGCCAAUACUGAACGAGAGAUUCUCUCUGACCUGUGGCACCACUGGAACGGUUUACUCCAUUCAGUGGAUGAGGAACGGCUGGCCUCUGUAUGCUAGCAACAGAACUGACUUCUCUACGAACAACAAUACACUGACAUUCAACUCGGUCCAGCAUUCUGACAAAGGAGACUAUCAGUGUUCUGCCUCCAACCCCUUCAGCAACAUGACCAGCCCAUACUACAAACUGAUCGUCAACUAUGGACCGGAGAUGCCUAUUAUAACAGGACCAGCAUUAGGAGAAACAGGACACAACGUGACCUUCAACUGCUCAGCCUCCUCUCAGCCUCUCAGCCAGUUCAGCUGGUUCUUCAAUGGCUCCCAGGUGGCGACUGGCUCAAAGUAUGAGACUGGCCCACUGACUUUAGCCAGUCAUGGGAACUACACCUGUGUGGCCUUCAACAACAUCACUGUCAGAAACAGCACUGUCUCCAAGAUGCUCACUGUUGUUGCAACUGUAACCAUGACCAUCGUGAAAGUCAUUGGAGCCCAGCCAAUACUGAACGAGAGAUUCUCUCUGACCUGUGGCACCACUGGAACAGUUUACUCCAUUCAGUGGAUGAGGAACGGCUGGCCUCUGUAUGCUAGCAACAGAACUGACUUCUCUCCGAACAACAAUACACUGACAUUCAACUCGGUCCAGCAUUCUGACAAAGGAGACUAUCAGUGUUCUGCCUCCAACCCCUUCAGCAACAUGACCAGCCCAUACUACAAACUGAUCGUCAACUAUGGACCGGAGAUGCCUAUUAUAACAGGACCAGCAUUAGGAGAAACAGGACACAACGUGACCUUCAACUGCUCAGCCUCCUCUCAGCCUCUCAGCCAGUUCAGCUGGUUCUUCAAUGGCUCCCAGGUGGCGACUGGCUCAAAGUAUGAGACUGGCCCACUGACUUUAGCUAGUCAAGGGGACUACACCUGUGUGGCCUUCAACAACAUCACUGUCAGAAACAGCACAGUCUCCAAGAUGCUCACUGUUGUUGCAACUGUAACCAUGACCAUCGUGAAAGUCAUUGGAGCCCAGCCAAUACUGAACGAGAGAUUCUCUCUGACCUGUGGCACCACUGGAACAGUUUACUCCAUUCAGUGGAUGAGGAACGGCUGGCCUCUGUAUGCUAGCAACAGAACUGACUUCUCUACGAACAACAAUACACUGACAUUCAACUCGGUCCAGCAUUCUGACAAAGGAGACUAUCAGUGUUCUGCCUCCAACCCCUUCAGCAACAUGACCAGCCCAGAAUACAAACUGAUCGUCAACUAUGGACCGGAGAUGCCUAUUAUAACAGGACCAGCAUUAGGAGAAACAGGACACAACGUGACCUUCAACUGCUCAGCCUCCUCUCAGCCUCUCAGCCAGUUCAGCUGGUUCUUCAAUGGCUCCCAGGUGGCAAUUGGCUCAAAGUAUGAGACUGGCCCACUGACUUUAGCCAGUCAUGGGAACUACACCUGUGUGGCCUUCAACAACAUCACUGUCAGAAACAGCACUGUCUCCAAGAUGCUCACUGUUGUUGCAACUGUGACCAUGACCAUCGUGAAAGUCAUUGGAGCCCAGCCAAUACUGAACGAGAGAUUCUCUCUGACCUGUGGCACCACUGGAACGGUUUACUCCAUUCAGUGGAUGAGGAACGGCUGGCCUCUGUAUGCUAGCAACAGAACUGACUUCUCUCCGAACAACAAUACACUGACAUUCAACUCGGUCCAGCAUUCUGACAAAGGAGACUAUCAGUGUUCUGCCUCCAACCCCUUCAGCAACAUGACCAGCCCAUACUACAAACUGAUCGUCAACUAUGGACCGGAGAUGCCUAUUAUAACAGGACCAGCAUUAGGAGAAACAGGACACAACGUGACCUUCAACUGCUCAGCCUCCUCUCAGCCUCUCAGCCAGUUCAGAUGGUUCUUCAAUGGCUCCCAGGUGGAAAUUGGCUCAAAGUAUGAGACUGGCCCACUGACUUUAGCCAGUCAUGGGGAGUACACCUGCGUGGCCUUCAACAACAUCACUUGCAGAAACAGCACUGUCUCCAAGAUGCUCAUUGUUGUUGCAACUGUGACCAUGACCAUUGUGAAAGUCAUUGGCGCCCAGCCAACACUGAAGGAGAGAUUCUCUCUGACCUGUGACACCGCUGGAACGGUUUACUCCAUUCAGUGGAUGAAGAACAGCUGGCCUCUGUAUGCUGACAACAGAACAGAGUUCUCUAUAAAUAACAAUACACUGACAUUCAAUUCUGUCCAGCAUUCUGACAACGGAGACUAUCAGUGUUCUGCCUCCAACCCCCUCAGCAACAUGACCAGCCCAGAAUACAGACUGAUCGUCAACUAUGGACCGGAGAUGACUAUUAUAACAGGACCAGCAUUAGGAGAAACAGGACACAGCGUGACCUUCAACUGCUCAGCCUCCUCUCAGCCUCCAAGCCACUUCAGCUGGUUCUUCAAUGGCUCCCAGGUGGCAACUGGCUCAAAGUAUGAGACUGGCCCACUGACUUUAGCCAGUCAUGGGGACUACACCUGUGUGGCCUUCAACAACAUCACUUGCAGAAACAGCACUGUCUCCAAGAUGCUCAUUGUUGUUGAAACUGUGACCAUGACCAUCGUGAAAGUCAUUGGCGCCCAGCCAACACUGAAGGAGAGAUUCUCUCUGACCUGUGACACCGCUGGAACGGUUUACUCCAUUCAGUGGAUGAAGAACAGCUGGCCUCUGUAUGCUGACAACAGAACAGAGUUCUCUAUAAAUAACAAUACACUGACAUUCAAUUCUGUCCAGCAUUCUGACAACGGAGACUAUCAGUGUUCUGCCUCCAACCCCCUCAGCAGCAUGACCAGCCCAGAAUACAGACUGAUCGUCAACUAUGGACCGGAGAUGCCGAUUAUAACAGGACCAGCAUUAGGAGAAACAGGACACAACGUGACCUUCAACUGCUCAGCCUCCUCUCAGCCUCUCUGCCACUUCAGCUGGUUCUUCAAUGGCUCCCAGGUGGCAAUUGGCUCAAAGUAUGAGACUGGCCCACUGACUUUAGCCAGUCAUGGGGAGUACACCUGUGUGGCCUUCAACAACAUCACUUGCAGAAACAGCACUGUCUCCAAGAUGCUCAUUGUUGUUGCAACUGUGACCAUGACCAUUGUGAAAGUCAUUGGCGCCCAGCCAACACUGAAGGAGAGAUUCUCUCUGACCUGUGACACCGCCGGAACGGUUUACUCCAUUCAGUGGAUAAAGAACAGCUGGCCCCUGUAUGCUGACAACAGAACAGAGUUCUCUAUAAAUAACAAUACACUGACAUUCAAUUCUGUCCAGCAUUCUGACAACGGAGACUAUCAGUGUUCUGCCUCCAACCCCCUCAGCAACAUGACCAGCCCAGAAUACAGACUGAUCGUCAACUAUGGACCGGAGAUGCCGAUUAUAACAGGACCAGCAUUAGGAGAAACAGGACGCAGCGUGACCUUCAACUGCUCAGCCUCCUCUCAGCCUCUCAGCCAGUUCAGCUGGUUCUUCAAUGGCUCCCAGGUGGCAAUUGGCUCAAAGUAUGAGACUGGCCCACUGACUUUAGCCAGUCAUGGGGAGUACACCUGUGUGGCCUUCAACAACAUCACUUGCAGAAACAGCACUGUCUCCAAGAUGCUCAUUGUUGUUGAAACUGUGACCAUGACCAUCGUGAAAGUCAUUGGCGCCCAGCCAACACUGAAGGAGAGAUUCUCUCUGACCUGUGACACCGCUGGAACGGUUUACUCCAUUCAGUGGAUGAAGAACAGCUGGCCUCUGUAUGCUGACAACAGAACAGAGUUCUCUAUAAAUAACAAUACACUGACAUUCAAUUCUGUCCAGCAUUCUGACAACGGAGACUAUCAGUGUUCUGCCUCCAACCCCCUCAGCAGCAUGACCAGCCCAGAAUACAGACUGAUCGUCAACUAUGGACCGGAGAUGCCGAUUAUAACAGGACCAGCAUUAGGAGAAACAGGACACAACGUGACCUUCAACUGCUCAGCCUCCUCUCAGCCUCUCUGCCACUUCAGCUGGUUCUUCAAUGGCUCCCAGGUGGCAAUUGGCUCAAAGUAUGAGACUGGCCCACUGACUUUAGCCAGUCAUGGGGAGUACACCUGUGUGGCCUUCAACAACAUCACUUGCAGAAACAGCACUGUCUCCAAGAUGCUCAUUGUUGUUGCAACUGUGACCAUGACCAUUGUGAAAGUCAUUGGCGCCCAGCCAACACUGAAGGAGAGAUUCUCUCUGACCUGUGACACCGCCGGAACGGUUUACUCCAUUCAGUGGAUAAAGAACAGCUGGCCCCUGUAUGCUGACAACAGAACAGAGUUCUCUAUAAAUAACAAUACACUGACAUUCAAUUCUGUCCAGCAUUCUGACAACGGAGACUAUCAGUGUUCUGCCUCCAACCCCCUCAGCAACAUGACCAGCCCAGAAUACAGACUGAUCGUCAACUAUGGACCGGAGAUGCCGAUUAUAACAGGACCAGCAUUAGGAGAAACAGGACGAGGCGUGACCUUCAACUGCUCAGCCUCCUCUCAGCCUCUCAGCCAGUUCAGCUGGUUCUUCAAUGGCUCCCAGGUGGCAAUUGGCUCAAAGUAUGAGACUGGCCCACUGACUUUAGCCAGUCAUGGGGAGUACACCUGUGUGGCCUUCAACAACAUCACUUGCAGAAACAGCACUGUCUCCAAGAUGCUCAUUGUUGUUGCAACUGUGACCAUGACCAUUGUGAAAGUCAUUGGCGCCCAGCCAACACUGAAGGAGAGAUUCUCUCUGACCUGUGACACCGCCGGAACGGUUUACUCCAUUCAGUGGAUAAAGAACAGCUGGCCCCUGUAUGCUGACAACAGAACAGAGUUCUCUAUAAAUAACAAUACACUGACAUUCAAUUCUGUCCAGCAUUCUGACAACGGAGACUAUCAGUGUUCUGCCUCCAACCCCCUCAGCAACAUGACCAGCCCAGAAUACAGACUGAUCGUCAACUAUGGACCGGAGAUGCCUAUUAUAACAGGACCAGCAUUAGGAGAAACAGGACACAACGUGACCUUCAACUGCUCAGCCUCCUCUCAGCCUCUCAGCCAGUUCAGAUGGUUCUUCAAUGGCUCCCAGGUGGCAACUGGCUCAAAGUAUGAGACUGGCCCACUGACUUUAGCUAGUCAUGGGGACUACACCUGUGUGGCCUUCAACAACAUCACAUGCAGAAACAGCACUGUCUCCAAGAUGCUCAUUGUUGUUGCAACUGUGACCAUGACCAUCAUGAAAGAAAUUGGAGUCCAGCCAAUACUGAACGAGAGAUUCUCCCUGACCUGUAGCACCGCUGGAACGGUUUACUCCAUUCAGUGGAUGAGGAACGGCUGGCCUCUGUAUGCUAGCAACAGAACUGACUUCUCUACGAACAACAAUACACUGACAUUCAACUCGGUCCAGCAUUCUGACAAAGGAGACUAUCAGUGUUCUGCCUCCAACCCCUUCAGCAACAUGACCAGCCCAUACUACAAACUGAUCAUCAACUAUGGACCGGAGAUGCCUAUUAUAACAGGACCAGCAUUAGGAGAAACAGGACACAACGUGACCUUCAACUGCUCAGCCUCCUCUCAGCCUCUCAGCCAGUUCAGCUGGUUCUUCAAUGGCUCCCAGGUGGCAACUGGCUCAAAGUAUGAGACUGGCCCACUGACUUUAGCCAGUCAUGGGGACUACACCUGUGUGGCCUUCAACAACAUCACUUGCAGAAACAGCACUGUCUCCAAGAUGCUCAUUGUUGUUGCAACUGUGACCAUGACCAUCGUGAAAGAAAUUGGAGUCCAGCCAAUACUGAACGAGAGAUUCUCUCUGACCUGUAGCACCGCUGGAACGGUUUACUCAAUUCAGUGGAUGAGGAACGGCUGGCCUCUGUAUGCUACCAACAGAACUGACUUCUCUACGAACAACAAUACACUGACAUUCAACUCGGUCCAGCAUUCUGACAAAGGAGACUAUCAGUGUUCUGCCUCCAACCCCUUCAGCAACAUGACCAGCCCAUACUACAAACUGAUCGUCAACUAUGGACCGGAGAUGCCUAUUAUAACAGGACCAGCAUUAGGAGAAACAGGACACAACGUGACCUUCAACUGCUCAGCCUCCUCUCAGCCUCUCAGCCAGUUCAGCUGGUUCUUCAAUGGCUCCCAGGUGGCAACUGGCUCAAAGUAUGAGACUGGCCCACUGACUUUAGCCAGUCAUGGGGAGUACACCUGUGUGGCCUUCAACAGCAUCACUGUCAGAAACAGCACAGUCUCCAAGAUCCUCACUGUUGUUGCGCCAAUAACCUCAGUGUCCAUAAGCACCGGUGAAACCCAGGCGAUAGAGGGUGACUCCUUUACAAUGACUUGCAAUAUUGUUGGUGAUCCUAGCUCCAUUCACUGGUGGAAGAACCUCACGUUAGUGCAUCUGGAUAACAGAACCCACGUCUCUUUCGACAACAGAACACUGACGUUCAACCCUGUCCAGUAUUCUUCCUAUGGAGAAUAUCAGUGUAUGGCCAGAAAUAGUGUGAGCAACAGAACUAGCAACCGCUACACACUCCUAGUGAAUUAUGGACCCAAGCAACCUGUGAUAGCUGGUGCACCCAUUGCCGAAACAGAACAAAGAGUGACCUUCAACUGCUCAGCCUCCUCUCAGCCUCCCAGCCAGUUCAGCUGGUUCUUCAAUGGCUCCCAGGUGGCAACUGGCUCAGUGUAUGAGACUGGCCCACUGACUUUAACCAGUCAUGGGGAGUACACCUGUGUGGCCUUCAACAACGCCACUGGCAGAAACAGCACUGUCUCCAGGAUGCUCACCGUCAUUGAGGCUAUAAAGUCGGUGACGGUGAAACGAAACAAAACGCCGAUAUCAUCUGACAACCUAACCCUGACCUGUGAUGUCACCGGACGCUAUGACACCAUCUACUGGAUGAAGGACAACCUGUCUCUGGUCCUGAACAACACCUUGAACUCUGACAUCACCAUCUCUAACAACUCUCUGCACUUCAGUCCAGUCAAGGUGUCUAACGAUGGAAACUAUCAGUGCGUUGCCACCAACCUCUUUGGUCCACACACCAGCCCUAAAUACCAGCUACUGGUGAACUAUGGCCCUCUGAGUGUGAACCUCUCUGGCCCAGGCUUAGUGGUGAUUGGCUCAAUAAUCUCUGUCAAUCUGAAGUGCUCAGCCGACUCCCGGCCAACCAGCGAGUACUGGUGGAAACACAACAACCAAUCAUUGCCCGCGACUGGUCCUUUGAUGGCCGUAGGCGUCUCCUUGAAAAAUGCAGGGAUAUACACCUGUGUGGCCAAGAACUCUCUAACUAACAUCUCAAUGUCCAAGACCAUUAGUCUGGAUGUCAACGGCCACUCACCUGCCCCUCCAUUCCAGUCCAGAGUUGGUCUGAUGUUGAUGGGCCUUGUAGCGCUCUCUCUGCCUCUGAUCAACCACUGAGACUACCACACUGCACGUCUGCUGGCUGGGAGCCAAUCACUCCCUUCCCUCUACCCUCACUGACUCCCCUUGCUAAUCUGAAAAAGGACUGGAUAGAAAUAAGUGGUAUUGUCAAUAUUGUAAUUGCCCCAUCUUACCACCACAUUGCUGGGUUUAAUGUGCUUAGCUCCUUUCCAAUGCUUUUAGAUUGUGAGGAGAGAAUCAACAAGAGGUCAGAAGGGAGGGGCCUAUCCCCUUAGAAUAGAACCCACCUCGACAGUGUGUUUUUAUGUCAAUCAUCUCUAUAAACUGAUAUUCUUUUUAAAAACUGGUCUUCCACAUGGUAAUUGAAGGGGCAAACAUCCACAGCUCAGUUGUACUGCCUAUUUCUGUUUCUAAUUAAAUGUUCUUAGAUAUUCA